AGUAUUAUUGCUACUGAAGCAUCUUUCCAAUAUACAAUGUAAUUGCUGUUGAAAGCAACGUUUGCUGAGAUUUCACCGAAAUAAAAAUGUCAACAGUUUGAAUUGAUGCAGGAGCAUUGAAGUGAGUGUGCCAUUUGUUUCUAUUUUUGUACCAUUUGAUGAAAGCUCUUUUUUGGCAGCAGAGCUAACAUUUGAGCACCUCUUAUCGAUUUACCCACAUAUAAGAAGUAUAAAAGUUCUAGCAGAAGAAAGUUGUGAUACUUUGUACCUACGGUUUUUGCUGCAAAUUCUUUUUUCUGCUUUUGAAGAUGUCAUUCCAAGAGAUCUCUUCACUUACAAAAGAAAAGGCUGACACGUAUUCCUUCACGAAUGAAGAAAGAGACAGGAUCUUGCAAUCGGACAUUUUGCAUACAUCGGAUUUUCAAGGUAUACAAAGUUCUGCAGAUAAGAAACAACGUUUAGAAGAUUUGAAUAAAAAACAGUUAACAUUAACGUUGCAUAGUACAGCUUUAACCGAGUAUGCAAGAGUACAGCGUAUACCUAGAGGUCUGAGGAUAAAAAACCAACCGGCAUUAUUAAAAGAUAAUACUGAAUAUUUGGAAAAAUGGCAGCAGAUUCUUAAUAAAGCAAGUUUGGACCUGAUUUUUCUGACAAUACAAUACCUACAACCAGAAAUUAGGAAAGUGACACAUGAUAUAACUAAAAUUCACGAGGAGUUAAAGACAUGUUUGGCUGAAAAUGAAUAUAUCACCCUUAAUGCAAGAAUAAAUGCCAGUAUCGAGUCUUUACAGGGAGAACUGUUGCGCUCGAAACUGAGGAAAUUCAAGAGAGAUACGGAAGAUUAUUCCACGAAACGAGUGUAUAGCUGGCACCUGGAAAGGAGACAGAUGCGCUAUUGGCCAAGACGGGAGAGGAGACAGCGCGAGAAUCCGGUGAGUGACGUCACCUCUGACACAGGAGAGAGCAGCAUGGACUCGGCGGAGGAGCAGCGCCAAGGGAGAAGGAACCACGACCAGUGGAACCAGGCGCAAGGACAGCGCGGGGAUCGUUUUUUAGGCGGAGGCCCGGGGAACAUCCCUGCAGGUUCGGCUCCAGAACGCGGAAAAGAGUCAGGAGAGGCAAGAGACGCACUCGCAGCGCCAUUCACGAAAAGAACCACGCGACCAAGAAAAAGAACUAAUAUUGCAAGGGGAGCCGGCUACACCAGAACAUCUUGUGGUCAUGUGAAUAAUGUGGCAAUUUGAAAGAAAACUGAAGUCUAAGAUGCUUAAGAAAUGUAAGGAGCCAUUAUAAAUGGCAGCAAGCAAAGAAGAGCAAAAACAGCUUUGUUGAAAAGAACACUAUCCAUUUCAUUUAAUCAUUUUAUGAAUUUAGAUAACAUGGGACAGGCUACAUUAUUAUCAAGGCCCAGAGCCUCAGCCAGGAACAGACAAAGCCCAUCUUGGCUAAAAAAAAGGUUCAUACCACAGAUAAGACCUAAAUCAAGAGUCUCUGCUAAGUUGCGUUGUUAUCAAGGCCUAGAGCAUCCGCUGAGGACAAUGGUGUAAUGGGUAAAAUUCACCUUUGGCUACAAGAUGUUUAACCAAGGAAAAUACCUGAAUCAAGAUCUUCUGCCAAGGACAGUGGUAUAAUAGGCAAAAUCCAUCUUUGACCAUAAGGCUUUGAUACCAAGGCAAAGACUUAAAUCAAAAUAUAUUGCCAGAAUCAUACCUUCAAUGUACAAUGUUUCAAGAAAAUAUGCUUCCUCACAGGCUGAAUAUAUAUGGACGAAAGCUAAAUUUCAGCACGCGUGUAGAUAAAUAUUGGCAGCAACUGAUGAAUGAAAAUGCUUGACCAAUUUGAUUUGAAAAUUAAACAACGUGAAUCUCCAAUACAUUCCAGGGCCGGCUACCAAGAGAAACUUUGGUGCACAGUGGGCCACAGUUUAAUCUGCCUGCUGUGCAUUGUCUCCAACCUGCCUGAAACUGAUGUUCGCCUUGGGUGAGUUCAAGUUCAUUGAGGAAUUCCAUUCAUGCAAUCUUUCCAGGCUCACAUUAUCAUUUGGAAUAUGUUAAGUCUCCUCUAUAAAUUACGAGAGUUUAUGCCUUUGAUAAAGGAGAGGGGACUAUUAAGUGGUGCCAAGUUCGGCCCCCAGUGCUCGUUGAAUUUGAUAAAAUGCUGUAGAUGACAUCACCACUUUGGACUCCUUUUUGCAUUUCAUCCUUGAUUUGUUGCAGUUGAGUAUACGUAAAGCAGGGAUCAGUGGUUUUUCCAGCUUCUACUGAACUACUGCUCCUAAAAUCCUGUGUGGAGACUUGUGGUGUGGUGGAAGCCAGGACAGAACUGAUCUCAGAUCCCAGCUAUGGCUUAUUAUUAUUAUAUAUAGUUUUGUUUAUGCUUGUUUGUGUUAUUGAGAAUAUUAGUUUGUGCUUGAUCUUUAAAAGCGAUAUGUUGGUUUCUCUGGUUGGUCUGUUCACUGUGCAUGUAAUGAUAUGAACUCUGCAUUUCACAUGGUAGCAUUGCGCAUGAUGUGCCUCUAUGUGCCAAGAAGAUCAGUAUAUUUUUGAAUGUGCCAUAUAUACUUGGACAUCUCAGAGUUUGAUGAUUAUGAUAUGCUGGCUGGAAUGUGUUUUGGUUCUCCAAAGAACAGUAUAAUUUACAUAUUAUUUAUUAGUAUAUAAUAUACAGGUAUGGGAUAAG